AUGCCACCCAUACAGCGCCCUAUCUCGCGGAUCCUGAUCGCCAACCGCGGCGAAAUCGCCAUCCGGAUCCUACAAGCAUGUCAAGAGCUCUCCACCCCUCUAACGACCGUGGCCAUAUACACAGAGAAUGACAGCACGCACAUCAGCCUAGGCCGCCCGAACCAAGCGGUCAAAGUGCCGUCGCCGUCGUCGUACAUGGACAUCGAUUAUCUCAUCGGUCUUGUCAAGGAGCACAGCAUCAACGCCGUGCAUCCCGGCUACGGAUUCCUCAGCGAGAGCGCAGAGUUCAGUCGGCGGAUGUGGAGUGAGGCGGAGUGUUUGGUCGUCGGGCCGGGCUGGGAGGUGCUCGAGCGCACGGGCGAUAAGUUGAAGGCGAAGGCGUUGGCCAUGGAAUGUGAGGUUCCCGUACUCAAAGCAAUGGAUCGCCCGACGGGGAGUGUGGGUGAUGUGCGUGCUUUUGCGGGCAAGGUUGGGUAUCCGUUGAUGAUCAAGGCGGUAGACGGCGGUGGCGGGCGGGGGAUUAGACUUAUCAAAGGCCCGGAAAUGCUGGAGAAUGCCGUGCAGAGGUGUAUCGCUGAAUCGCCGAGUAAUACGGUCUUUGCGGAGCAGGCUGCUGUGGAUGGAUACAAGCAUAUCGAGGUGCAAAUCCUUGGGAAUGGCAGGGGUGCUGUCAGGCAUCUCUGGGAGCGGGACUGCAGCGUGCAACGACGAUUCCAGAAGAUCGUCGAGGUUGCUCCAGCACCGGUGUCGCGGCGCAAUGUCAUUGCUAAGGUGAUCGACUCUGCUAUUCGGAUGGCUAGGAAGCUGCAGUACCUGGGAUUGGGAACGUGGGAGUACUUGGUGAAUGUCAAGGCAAGGAAGUUCUUCUUCUUGGAGAUCAACCCCAGAUUACAAGUCGAACACACCAUCACUGAAUCCAUCACCGGCGUCGAUAUCGUGAGAGAGCAGCUACUGUACGCUCAAGGACUGCAAGAAUCUGAGGACCUAAGACUGGGAGAAUGGUGGGAGGCCGAUAAAGCACCUCCAUCGGCUUCUAUCCAGUUGAGACUCUGUGCGGAAGAUCCUACUUCGAACUUCGCACUCAGCAUCGGCAAGGUCUCGGAUGUGCAAUUUCCUACUGGCAGCGGUGUGCGCGUCGACAGCCAUCUGUCGAGAGGAGGGGUCGUCGGGACUGAUUUCGACAAUAUGAUGGCUAAGAUUAUCGUUACCGCGUCCACGUUCGAGAGUGCAGUUGCAAAGGCCAAACGAGCGCUUGCAGAAACGAAGAUCGUCGGUGUAAAGACGAAUCUCAACCUCCUUCGAGCCAUCCUGGAUGACAAGACAUUUGCAGCUGGAAAUGCGGAUACCAGAUGGUUGGAGAACAGUCUUGAACAACUUGUGGCUGCUGGAGAAAGAAUCGGUGAAUCCAUUGAGGAGCUCGACUCGACAUUGCCGGCGUUGUCCCUGAGCGGCAAUCAGUCUUCGACAACUACUGGUUCAGGAACGGCUUUCCGAAAAGGAGAUGCUUGGACAGUGACCCUGGAGGACAAAGCCUCACAGUCCGAGACUAAAGCACCACCAUCACAUUUCAGUAUCGAGAGGAUAAUGAGGAACGAAUUCCCCGAGGCAUUGAUCGCAGAUGUAUCGUAUACCGCGCCUGGCGCGCAGUCGCAGUCAUACAAAAUGACGAUUGCAAGUACGACAUCAUCAGCUGAUGCCACAGCAUCGACACACCGACGUGGAGAUCCAAACGACAAGAGUCAUGUGGUCUUACCUAUCAGCGGCAAGCUGAUGGAAGUGCUUGUGGAUGAAGGCGACGAGAUACAGGAGAACCAAGUCAUUGCAUUCGUCAAGCAGAUGAAGAUGGAGUUGGAAAUUCGAAGUCCCAGGGCCGGCACGAUCAAAUGGGCAAUUGAGUUGGACAAUGACACUGGAGAUGAUGUAGCGGAAGGUGUGCUGCUGGCAGAGUUGGAGGAUGAGAUACCAGGCAGAAAGCCUGAUAUCAGAUCACGCUUGUAG